UCGAAACAAACAAAACACAAAUUUUAAAUUUUCUAGAUUGAUUAAUGAUUGAGAUAUAGCCUACAGCCUCUUAAAAAAUACAAAUUACUAAUAAGUGUCAGAUAAUACUUUCGAUAAUUAAUUCUCCUUUAGGUGAUCUAGUAUUAGUUAUUAGUUUGAGGUUAUAGGAUCCCAAUUGAAAUAUUUAUGUAAAUAGUAAUGAACGAUUUAACUUUUGUCAACAAUUAGCCUAGCCUAGGUUAGUUUUUCUUUGGGGAAUAGUUGUGGAAAAUCUUGUUGAAACAAUGUCUCUCUUUAAACUCUUCAGAGGAAAACGUUUUUAUGAAUUCCACCAAUUUGUUUCCUCUGUAAAUGGACGUUACAGCUUUUUGUCAGCUAUUUUUAGGUUAUGGGGUAGAAACAAUCAUCAAAACUGCAAUAGAGUUGUAAAGUUUAAACAAUUAAAUCUCUUAAACCCCACAGUUUCAAGGAUUAAAUUAGGUCAUUAUUGUAAAAUUGUGACUGCAUUUUCUAAUAAUUCAAACCAUUAUAACAACUAUGGAACAGACUUCACAAACACAAAUAAAGUCUUACCAAUUAGUGUUGCCUGUGGACUAGCGAUGAUCCUUGUUCAAUGUUCUCAAAGUAUGAAAGAUAUUCGGUUUUUUAGAGCUGCUAAGUAUGGUUCUCCUGAAGACCUUAAAAGAAUGAUUGCAGAAGAAAAAGUAAAUGUGAACCAGAAACAUCCGUUAGGUUGGACUGCUCUCCAAGUGGCCGUCAUCAACAACAAGGUGGGAAACGUGAAAGUUCUAUUAGCAGCUGGAGCAGACCCAAAUGUUCCUGACGAUUUCUCAAAUGCCAACAAAGUUGCUGCUACCAAACGCCUGUACGCUUUUGAUGUACAACAGAGGCGGGAGGACGAGUUUAGUGACCAGCUGAACUACAGAGCAACCUUCACAGGAUUCACUGCGCUGAUGUACGCUGUGCUGAUGGACAACGUGGCUCUGGUGAAGCUGCUGCUAGAACAUGGAGCUGACCCUGGCCAGGAGAACGAGAAAGGCAUGAGGGCGAGAGACUAUGCCAACAACAACCCACAGAUACUGGCAGCACUUCAGGAGUAUGAGGAGAAGUUUAAAGAAAUUGAAAGACAAAAAUCCAUAGAGGAGAGGCGAAGGUUUCCCCUGGAACAAAGACUUAAACAACACAUUGUUGGGCAGGAAGGACCAAUUGCUAUUGUGGCAGCAGCAAUUAGGCGCAAAGAAAACGGAUGGGCUGAUGAUGAGCAUCCUCUGGUAUUUUUGUUCCUGGGCUCCUCAGGGAUUGGCAAGACUGAACUAGCCAAACAGUUGGCCCACUAUAUACACAAAGACAAGACUGACGCCUUUAUAAGACUAGAUAUGUCGGAAUACCAAGAGAAACAUGAGGUAGCCAAGAUGAUUGGAGCCCCACCUGGGUAUGUUGGACAUGAUGACGGAGGUCAGCUGACUAAGAGACUGAGAAAAUGUCCCGAUGCUGUUGUUCUUUUUGACGAAGUUGACAAAGCUCAUCCUGAUGUUCUCACUGUAUUGCUUCAAUUGUUUGAUGAGGGAAGGUUGACAGACGGAAAGGGAAAAACAAUUGAGUGCAAGAAUGCCAUAUUUGUAAUGACAUCAAACCUUGCGAGUGAUGAGAUUGCAGAACAUGCAUUGCAGUUACGACGGGAAGCUCAGGACCUCAUGAAUCAGAGAUUGGAGGGAAAGUUUGAUGAAGAAACCUCUUCAAACAUAACUAUUUCUCGCCACUUCAAAGACAAAGUUGUUAGACCAAUUUUGAAGAAACAUUUUGGCAGAGACGAAUUUCUUGGACGAAUCAAUGAAAUUGUUUACUUCCUUCCUUUUUCAAAUGCUGAACUUAACAAGUUGGUUUCAAAGGAGCUGUGUACUUGGGCUAAAAAGGCGCAAGAGAAACACAUGAUUUCUCUAGAGUGGGAGAGGAGAGUAGAAAGUGUGUUAGCGGAAGGGUACGAUGUUCACUAUGGAGCUCGAAGCAUCAAGUAUGAAGUAGAGAGACAAGUAGUGAGUCGACUGGCGGCUGCUCAUGAGAGAGGAAUCAUUGACAAAGGAUCUUCAGUGUUAGUUACCACCCACCAGCAAGACGAAGAUAGCAAACCUCUUUUGAGGUUUCGAGUGAAGAAAAAAGGUGACAAAGUGUUCACCGACUAUGACGAACAUUUCUUAUCAUAGAUUAAAUCCACCAAUAAAACUUGGGUUUUUGUUAAUAAUUUGUUAAAUAUUUUUUAAGGUUGUAAAGUAAAUUUUGAUUUUAUUGCCUGAAACAUAGUAAUUUAAUAUCCAGUAAUGAAGUUACUAGCAUUUAUUUAAAAACAAUGUUUUGUUUAAAAUAGUGGAUUUUAUUAUUUACAAAUACAGUUAAAAAU